CGUAAGAGGGUAAAUAAAAGAGCGAAAGUGAUAUUGAUGUACAAAAGCCAUGUACACUUUUCUACCUUAGGUACCUAGACCCCGCUAAGAGCAAUUAUGUAAUUGAAGGUACCUUAUUUUUAUCGAUAAAGGCCGCGUAAAGAGAAAACGCGUGUAACGCGAUCCCCAUACUUCCACCUGGACUUCGUCGACUUUACAUCUAGAUUACAACUUUGUACUUCGUAUCAGCCUGUUUAUUAAUUCCUACCUAACCUUACUAUGGACGACUCGGACGAUUUACUUGCUGGCGAACCGCCCACCAUCGACCCUUAUGAGGUCCUUGGCUUAGAGCGCACGGCAAACGAGAGCCAAAUCAAAUCAGCCUAUCGAAAGCUUGCCUUGAAAAAUCACCCAGACAAGGUUCCCGAAGAUCAGAAGCAGAAAGCCCACGAGACCUUCCAGUCCAUAGCCUUUGCAUAUGCGGUGCUAUCCGACCCGGCGAGACGCAAGCGUUACGAUGAAACAGGCUCAACCUGCGAGUCCAUUGUCGACUCGGAUGGCUUCAGUUGGUCAGACUUCUACCGAGAGCAGUACCGCGACACGGUUACCGCAGAUGCGAUUGAAAAUUUUGCGAAGAAAUAUAAGGGUUCCGACGAAGAAAAGGAUGAUAUUUUAAUCGCAUACGAAGAAUAUAAAGGCAAGAUGGACAAGAUCUACGAGUCGGUCAUUCUCAGCGACGUACUCGAAGAUGACGAACGAUUCCGCGCCAUCAUCGACGAAGCCAUCGCCAAAAAAGAUGUCCCCGCAUUUAAAGCGUACACGAAUGAGAGCAAGAAGUCUAAAGAAGCCCGGAUCAAGGCGGCGCAGAAGGAGAGCGUUGAGGCUGAGGAGUACGCCAAGGAAUUAGGGGUGCAUGACAAGUUAUUCGGUAAGAAGGACAAAAAAGACAGAAAAGGCAAAGGCAAGAAGGGGUCAUCCGAGGGCGACUUGGCAGCACUUAUUCGCAGUAAUCAGCAGAGUCGAAGCAAUUUCCUCGAUAACCUGGCGGCGAAGUAUGGUGCAGCACCAGGCGGCAAGAAAGGCAAGAAGCGUGCAAGUCCGGAAGAAGAGCCCUCCGAGGAAGCUUUCCAGGCCGCGGCAGCUAGGUUGAAGAAGAAGAGCAAGAAGUGAAGAUUAGGCCUUGAUUUUUUGUUUACGGCGUAUUUGGUAUUGCUUAAGACAAGCAGGGGGAAUCAUCAGGACAUGCAUGCAAUCGGGUUGAUUUAUAAACGUACUACCUGGUAUUAGGUAUCACACUACUACAUCAAGCAUUAAAUUCACGAAGUAAUUCACACAAAAUUUGACAGACAACUACCCAUCCCGAUACCAUACCGAGUUGUGA